GCGGAGAAAUCCUACACCCUCCCCCGGAUCUCCGGCUUCCGGGAUUGGACUGACCGGCUACCAGUGCAGAGCAUCCCAGGCCCCAGCCUUUCCUGUACAGUUGGACCCUCUUCCUGAAAGACCCCGGAACGUUUUCUACCUUACCCUUGGGAGAAGAGCCUCUGGCUGAAUGGCAGCUGUGGAUGACUUACAGUUUGAAGAAUUUGGCGAUGGAGCCACACUGUUAGCAGCAAACCCAGAUGCUACCACGAUAAACAUCGAGGACCCCAGUGUAUCUUUUGGCCACCAACCCAGACCCCCCGGGAGCAUGGGGCGAGAAGAGGAUGAAGAGCUGCUGGGGAACAACGACUCUGAUGAGACCGAGUUACUUGCCGGUCAGAAGAAGAGCUCCCCCUUCUGGACAUUCGAGUACUAUCAGACAUUCUUUGAUGUGGACACUUACCAGGUCUUUGACAGAAUAAAAGGGUCCCUGCUGCCGGUUCCUGGAAAGAACUUUGUGAGGCUGUACAUCCGCAGCAAUCCAGAUCUCUAUGGUCCCUUUUGGAUUUGUGCCACGUUGGUCUUUGCCAUAGCAAUCAGUGGGAACCUUUCUAACUUCCUAAUCCAUCUGGGAGAGAAGACAUACCAUUAUGUGCCCGAAUUCCAGAAAGUGUCUAUCGCAGCGACUGUCAUCUAUGCCUAUGCCUGGCUGGUCCCUCUGGCCCUCUGGGGCUUCCUCCUGUGGAGAAACAGCAAAGUGAUGAGCAUGGUGUCCUACUCCUUUCUGGAGAUCGUGUGCGUCUACGGCUACUCGCUGUUCAUCUACAUCCCCACAGCUGUCCUGUGGAUCAUUCCCCAGAGGGUUGUUCGUUGGGUCCUUGUCAUGAUUGCCCUGGGCGUCUCAGGCUCUGUGUUGGCGAUGACAUUUUGGCCAGCUGUUCGUGAGGAUAGCCGGCGUGUCGCCUUGGCCACCAUUGUGACAAUCGUGUUGCUUCAUGUGCUGCUCUCUGUGGGCUGCUUGGCUUACUUCUUUGAUGCUCCAGAGAUGGACCACCUCCCAGCAGCUAUCACCGCUCCCAACCAGACAGUAGCAGCGGCCAAAUCCAGCUAAUGGGGAAAGCAGGUGGUGGCUUUUCAUCUCAAGGGCUCUCUAACGGAUGGGGAGUUAUGGCUCUUCUGGACACAGCAUCCACUACUGGAAUGCAGAAUGGCCAGCAUCAGCAGGAAACAGAUUGUCCUGGCACAGAAACCCCAUCACCCAUUUAUCAGGAAUGAAGUGUUGGUCUGGGGGUAUCAGGCACGUGAUAGAACACUUGCCUCGCAUGUGUGGGGCCCUGAAAGUAAAGGGCCGUGAUGAUGCUU